GUACACAUGUAUACGUUAUCGAUCGCAUCUAUGAUCUACAUGUAGGUGCCGAAACGAGGUUCUGGGGUAAAAUGCCGAUUGUUUCCUGAAUGUCCUUCCUAAUACGAAGCAAUGGAACUCACAGAUACUUUUUACGUCAAGGCAGAGUACAUAGAAACAGCAUCAGGAAACAAAGUGAGCCGGCAGUCAGUCCUGUGUGGCAGUCAGAACAUAGUACUCAAUGGCAAGUCCAUCAUCCAUUCCGACUGUAUCAUCAGAGGUGACCUUGCCAAUGUCAGAAUUGGCCGAAGCUGUGUCAUAGGUCAAAGGACCGUCAUCCGGCCUCCCUUCAAGAAGUUCAGCAAAGGUGUGGCUUUCUUUCCUCUACACAUUGGAGACCAUGUAUUCAUUGAGGAAGACUGCAUCGUGAAUGCUGGGCAGGUGGGAUCCUACGUGCACAUUGGGAAAAAUUGUGUCAUAGGUAGGAAGUGCGUGCUGAAGGAUUGUUGUGCAAUAGCUGAUAAUACUUAUUUGCCUCCUGAGACUGUGGUACCUCCAUUCACACUGGUAGCAGGCUCACCAGGUGUGGUUGCUGGUGAGUUACCAGAGUGCACUCAAGACCUCAUGAUUGACGUCACACGGGGCUACUACUCUCAUUUCCUUCCAGUCCAAGAAGUCAAAUGAGCAUUAACCCUCAUUGUACAUGUUAUUAAACCUUCAACUCAUGUCACGGCAGACUCUUGCAUGGCUAUGCCAAAGUAUACAAAAUAUUACUGGUGUGGGGACUUUUGAGUUAAGAUUUGAAUUUUGCUUGUAUGCCAUGAUCUUGCUCCUUCAGGUUGCAUGCCUUAGACAGGUAACGUUCCGUACUUCAUGCACAGAUUGGCCGGCUACAUACACAGACCAUCAACUGUCAAACAUUCCUGGCACAGCAUGUGUGCUCCAAAUGGUGUUGGAGGGUGGAUGGGGCUUGCAUUAGCAAAAGGUCGUAGUUCUAGGUUGUAAAAAAGUUUCAGAAAUGGUUUUUUUUACUACAGCUUCCUUUAUGAUUUCCGUCAUCAUUGUCUGGUAUAAUGACGUGGUCUGAUUCCUCACGCGCAACAUUGGAAUUCCCCAGAAGAAGGUGUUUAAUGUUGAAGAUGAGGCAGGUCAUUAUGUUGCACUGGCACUGCUCUCAGAGAGAGACAGAUAGAAGCACUUAUCCCAAAUUACAUUAACAACGCAAUUCAUUCGGUUUAGGUUUCAUAGGUGAUUAUUCUCAUGAAAUCAAGCAGUUCUGCGUUAUAUACCUAACAAAUUGCUUAACACAGGUGAACAAAAUUGGACUGAAGUUGCAAUACGCACAUUCUGUAGUUUAAAGACUAUAUUUCUUUAUUCAUAUUUACUUGAAUAAUGCUGAUGUUUUGAGGGUCAUUCUACGUAC